AUGUUUGUUCAACAUACAGAAGCUAUGCUGGAUGACAUAGAGACGAUGGUAUUGGAACCUUAUUUCAUGUUUGCUUUUAAUCUUCUUGUUCUUCUUCUUUGGACAUUAACAUUGCUGAUCGAGUACAUUGAUGAAAUUUUCACCCACUACCAAAACAAGAGUUGCUUUAAGGGACACAGAGGCAGAGAGAAACCUGCAACAAAGUUGGAUUAUGCUGGAAUCAACACCAAAAAGCAGAAAUAAUAUUAAAUCCCCCCUUAAACUUUUGCUUCGCUGACCGAAAGAGCCAUCACCUAAUAUACAACUUUAAUCGACGAAAUACAAAUGGAAUCAAAGACC